ACAAGUGUUUCGUUGCGUAUCUGCUAAAAGUGUUAAGUUUUAUUAAAUAAUGAAUUAAAUAGUUUAUAAUUUAGUGUAAAAUUGUUAUAAAAAUGUUUAGAAAUAUAGUUAAAAGUGUUUUCUUAAAUAAUACCAAAAAUUUAAACAAAUUGAAGGCGCAAAAAUGGCCCUUGCAAACAAACAGAUUUGUACAUGUUUAUGCCAGCAUGAAUGCAAAAAUUUUCAUGGAUAGGGAGAAUAUGCAUGCCCAUCAUGUUUUGGAAGUCUCCUUAAAUUCCUAUCAAAUAUUACCCGAGUAUAAGGAAAUUGUACAAGCCAACAAACUAAGUGUGGACAUUUUAAAACCCAAUGAAGAAAAUCUUUCCGUCAAUCAAUUGUUUGAUAGCUUUAAGUUCCUGUGUUGUUACUGCCAACAAUCUAAUACCUUAAUAUCACAAAAUCAAUUUACCAAAUUUGUUAGCCUUUACUGUGACAAGAUCCAUUUGUUGAGUGAUGAACAAUUAAAGGAUUCCCUAAGAUUGCUGGCUGUAUUGCCGCAAGAACCUAGUGUACGUUCUGAAAAUUUUGUACAACUUUGGAAUACUCUUGAUAUAGAGUGCUGUCGUCGUAUCGAGAAUUGGAAAACAAAUGAAUUGCUUCUAAUAUCUGAUGCUUGGUAUAAAUUGAAUUUGGCUCGUAUUUGUGAUUUUGUGUGGGAGGCUUUACGCAAGUUGGGACGCAAAGUAUUGAAAAUGCAACCCAGCCAAUUGGUUCAAACCAUGUUUCUGUGUAAUGUCAUGCGGCGUACCGUAUUCGAUAUGUUUGAUUUUGAGGUGAAUUUGGCCAAGUGUGCAAAGGAAAUGUCAUUGGCGGAAUUGGGUGUCAUGUCAAUGGGUUUCUUUAAGACUCAGACUCAAAUACGUAAUACGGAGUUGCUGAGUUAUUUGUAUCAACGUUUAAUGGAUGAGUUGCAUACGGUGGAUGAUAUAACUUUUGUGGCGAUCUUAAAGGUUCUCCGCUAUAGCUCCAGAUUACCUCAAGCCGACAUUAUGAUGAAACUCUUAGAUAAAAUUUAUAAAGAAAAAUUAGACAGCAUGAAUCUGUUGACCUGCCUUCAUGUGGCUCUACUUGGCUGCGAAUUACAAUGUUGUCACGAUGAAAUCAUUGAGAAAAUUAUGCACAAAUUUCAUGAUCAACUCGAAUCGACUAGACUAAAAGAUUUGGAACGCAUAAGUUUGGUUAUAGCCCUCUUCAACAUACGCACACCCAGUAAAAUCGAAGAGCUGUUGUGUGAAAAGAUUUUACAAUCUUUACAAGGACGUAUAGAGGAAAUUCUUAAGCAUCCUAAAUGUUUUACAAAUUGUUUACAUUUCUUAACACUUAGGGGUUACUACGACAAAGAUAUGUUGUCUACAGCUUUGGAAAGGAAAUUUUUAAAGCAUGCGGUUGGCUCAAAUUUACCCAAGUGUCGGGAAAUUUUCCAUUUGGAUACAUUUGUGAAAUUAAAUUUGUUGGAGGAAGGCUAUGAGGGAGCACAAUUACAGGAUAAAUAUCGCAAGACAAUGGGUAAAAUGUUGACUCAUUAUAUACCCGAACGUAAUUCGAAAUUCAAAUUGAAUGCUACGGAUAAUAUAUUAUUGCAAAUUAAGGAAAUCACAAAUGGCAUUUUGCCUCACAAUCAGUUUAAACAUAUACUACCCAACUAUGAGAGAUCGGAUGUUGUUAUUUGUUAUGAUCGUGAGCAAAAAAAAUCUGUAGAGAUUUCUCCUGAGUGUCCUGAAAAUUAUAAUGGUGACAUAUUGACACGUGAUUUAUUAUUGGGAGUUAACAAUCGCAAAGAAGUGGAUACAAUAGCUAUUGUAAUAGCUGGCUGGAAUAAUGUGGUGCGGGGCAAAGAUAGACAUACUGGUUUGUUUGAUAUGAAAUUGAAACAAUUAGAAAUAUUGGGUCAUAAAUAUGUGGUGAUUUAUUGGCAUGAAUGGCGUGAGCUAGAAACCCACCAAGAUCGCAUACAAUUUGUUAAACGCCGUCUUGCGACAGUCAUUAAUUUAUAAUAAAAAAAAACAAUAAACAACAAAUUUCAGGUCACACCAAUUCGUUCAAAGUCUUUUUGGUGUAUUCGUAUACUAAGAACAAAGUAGCUGUUGCUGGUAUAGUACGCAACACCGAGGGCAAUAGACCAUUGUAUAAAGCCACAACACCUUCUUUGCGUAUUAUUUCCAAACCUACCGAGGUCAUUGAUCUCUUAAGAUUAUUAACUUGUAUACGUGAUUUAAUAACAUCGGCUGGGAAAAUAGACGUCCACAAAGUGACACCACCUACGGCACCAGCGAACAUAGUUUUUAAAGCGCCUAUAUCUUCUUUGGAUUGUCCGGGUCUGCAAACAAAAAAUAUAAAUAAAGUAAGUAAAAGAAAAUAAAAAGAAAAAA